CGCAACAGGGGCCGGAUUCUGCUAGAAGGAUCAAAUGUUUUUGUUUUCGUGCGGGAUGGAAGGUAGUUGACAGGUCGACAUCGAUAUCUACGACGGCAAACGUUUCUCAGCUGAAUCAACUCUACUUGCAGUGACCUUGUAACAGCCUGCAAGAAGACAAAGCCAUGGGGAAUACAAGCAGUGAGAGGGCUGCAAUGGGCCAUGGUGAGAAGGCGCAGCGGAGGGAUAGCCGAGGUAUCAAAGAGGGCGAGAGGCCAAAAAUCCUCAUGGAUAGCCCAGAGGAUGCUGAUAUUUUUCAUGGAGAGGACAUAAAGGCACCCUUAGAGAAAGAGGAGUUCCUUGCUUGGCAGCAAGACUUAGAAUCAGAUGACAAAGCACCAACUCUGGAACGGCCGACAGUCUUUCGCUGGAAAGGAGAUGGAAAGGAGGUCUACCUCUCUGGAUCCUUCAACAACUGGACCAACAAAAUUCCCCUUAUUAGAAGUCAGAACACCUUUGUGGCAAUUGUCGAUCUACCUGAGGGGGAGCAUCAGUACAAAUUUUACGUGGAUGGUCAGUGGACCCACGACCCAGCUGAGCCUGUUGUAACCAGUCAGCUAGGCACAGUCAACAAUAUCAUUCAGGUAAAGAAGACUGACUUUGAGGUUUUUGAUGCGCUAAUGGUGGAUUCGCAGAAAUGCUCUGACAUGUCAGACCUUUCUAGCUCUCCUCCUGGGCCAUAUCAUCAGGAUGCUUAUGUCCCUAAACAGGAAGAGAAGUUAAAAUCUCCACCCAUUCUUCCACCUCACCUUCUACAGGUCAUCCUUAACAAAGACACUGGGAUUUCUUGUGACCCUGCACUGCUCCCAGAACCCAACCAUGUCAUGCUCAACCACCUCUAUGCACUUUCCAUUAAGGACGGAGUGAUGGUACUCAGUGCAACACAUCGCUAUAAGAAGAAAUAUGUCACCACCUUGCUUUAUAAGCCCAUCUGAUGAAGCAUUCUUUUCUAUAUUUGGAGCUGUUGUUAACUGUACACCGAGUGUACAAAAUGCUAGCCACACUUUUUUCAAAAAAAAAAAUCUAGUGUAUAUUCCUUCCAGGUUUCACCAGUUAGAUCCAUUCUGACCAAAAGAAGCAGCCUUGCAUAAGCACGAGGGAACAAAUUAAGUUUGUAAAAUGUUGACUUGAUUCCCAGAAAAAAAUUUGGACUGAGGGUUAUAGUAAUUGCUUUACAGUAAUACACUAAAAGCCAUACAAACAAAUAACAAAUGAUUCAGUUAGACAGCCACUUACUGAAAAACAGACAGAAAAGAGUUAUUUUAAAGGAAGCCUGCUGUAAAAGGCAGUUUAAGUGAUGAUGCUGCUUUUCCCAUGCAGUACAUCACAUCUGAUUUUUGUGUCAUAUAUCAGCGCAACUAACUAAUAGCUGGAUUGGAUUGGUGGGUAAAUGGGGUCACUGUGUUCACUUCAGUUCUGUGUUACUCUGUUUACUAUAGGAAUAUUUAAUACGUAACAUAGAUUAUAGUAAAAUGGCCUGCCUGCAUUUGUAUAGCGCUUUUCUAGUCCUUAAGGACCCCAAAGCGCUUUACACUACAUUCAGUCAUUCACACAUUCACACAAUUAUAUAGAACAUCGUGGUUUUUGGGCACCUGUUUUGAAGCCUGAUGUUGGGUACUUCAAGUAUUAUUUCUUUCUUUUCUUUUUUUUUUUUUAAACUGGCAAACGAGUGGUGGUUGUGACACUUAGUCAUUACAUACACAACAGUGCUCUUACAGUAACCUGCUUUUUCCCUAGUUUUACCCUGAAUGCGACUGCAGUUUCCAAAGUGAACAUAAUUUAGUAUUACAUAAGAUGACUGAAAGCAUAAACUCAUUAGUAAAGUGUUUACGGUGGUCAUAAGUCAGUAGAAAAGUAGGGUUAUUUUACUUCCAUAAAAUCUGAUUUCUCUGGCCCUCUGACCACCACCAGUAGGCAACGGGUGAAGUGUCUUGUCCAAGGACACAAUGACCGAGACUGUCCGAGCCGGGGCUCGAACCGGCAACCUUCCGAUUACAAGGGGAGCUCCCAACUCUUGAGCCACGAUCGCCCUUUUAAUAUACAAUCUUUGGCCACCAACACCCACUAUAGCUUCAUUUUAAUAGCAAGAACUAACAAAGCAUGCAGGGAGCCAACAGUAAAGGGUAAGUGGAGGCAUUUCAUGAUUCCUACACCAGUAGGUUUGCUUGGUUGGUUUGUUUGCAGUGCUCUGUGUAUUAGUUUUGAUUUGGCAAAGUCAGCUGAUGACAGAAAAGUGCAGUUGACGGUGCUGUCUGUGCCAGCUUGUCUUUUGGCAUUUUGUUUGUUAACGUCACAUGCUGCAAAGCUUUUAGUGCAUUUUAAUAAAAUGAAAAGUUGUGCUCUAAUUAAUUAAAAACAAUUUCACAGUAAAGCAGCAAAGAGAAAAGCACAGCUUCUCUCACACUUUGCUAAAAUGAAGGAAAUGUGGUAAAUUAUUUUUCAUUAAUUUCUUAAUGUUGUAUUUAUUAGUUUAUUAAAUAUUGUUAAGUACCAAAAUGACUACUAAUUUAUAUAUACUAUAUCCGGUUGUUCAGUGAUGACGCGACGAAUCCUACUUCCGGGUCUAAAGUAGUCUGCGUUUAAUAUGGCU